UCCUCCUCUGGCCCCAUAGGUCCGGGAGCCGAGUCCUGUUACAGCCCUGCAGAGCGCAGAGCUGUCAGCUGCAGAGCCCCGAGGAGGACGAGGCAGAGAACGAAGCAGCUCCCCCUCCGGGUGUGCGGGUGUGCGGACUAGAGGCUGCGGAGAAGCCCGGCGGCGGAGGACCCCGGCUCUUCGGCCAGGGAUUUGAGGAGACGGAAGAGGCUGACGACAGGCUGAUGGGCUCAGUUGGUAGGCUGCAUUAUCUCACCAUGACUGCCGAAAACCCGACGCCUGGAGACCUGGCUCUGGCUCCUCUUGUCACUUGCAAACUCUGCCUGUGUGAACAGUCUUUGGACAAGAUGACCACACUCCAGGAAUGCCAGUGCAUCUUUUGCACAGCUUGCCUGAAACAGUACAUGCAGCUGGCAAUCCGAGACGGAUGUGGGUCUCCCAUCACUUGCCCUGACAUGGUGUGCCUAAACCACGGGAUCCUGCAGGAAGCUGAGAUUGCCUGUUUGGUACCUGUGGAUCAAUUCCAGCUUUAUCAGCGGUUGAAAUUUGAACGAGAAGUUCACCUGGACCCCUACCGAACGUGGUGCCCCGUCGCAGACUGUCAGACUGUGUGCCCCGUUGUGUCAGGUGACCCAGGACAGCCUGUGCUGGUGGAGUGCCCUUCCUGCCACCUGAAGUUCUGCUCAUGUUGUAAGGAUGCUUGGCACGCCGAGGUCUCUUGUAGAGACAGUCAGCCUAUCGUCUUGCCAACAGAGCACGGGGCCCUCUUUGGGACAGAUGCAGAUGCCCCCAUUAAGCAGUGCCCGUUUUGCCGGGUUUAUAUCGAACGCAACGAAGGCUGUGCUCAGAUGAUGUGCAAGAACUGCAAGCACACGUUUUGCUGGUACUGUCUGCAGAACCUGGAUAACGACAUUUUCCUCAGACAUUAUGACAAAGGGCCAUGUAGGAAUAAGCUUGGCCAUUCAAGAGCCUCAGUGAUCUGGAACCGAACACAGGUGGUUGGCAUUCUUGUGGGGUUAGGCCUCAUUGCCUUGGUGACUUCACCCUUGCUACUCCUGGCUUCCCCCUGUAUAAUCUGUUGUGUCUGCAAGUGCUGCCGGGGCAAGAAGAAAAAGCAUGACCCAUCCACAACCUAAGGAUCUCUGUUUGUGUCCGUGUGCCACAUAGCACAGUGAUAAAGCCCCACAUGGUGAACUCGCCUCCUUUUUCUUGCCAAAUUUUGGAAGUGCCUCUGUGUCCAGACUUUGAACUUGCCUCCUGCCCACCUGUGGCGUCAAAAAAGGCCAAGCACUGGUGUGUGUGUUCCUGUGUAAAGAGAAUCGGGUUCUGCAGUCCAGGUUGCAUCUGUGGAGCAUGUCAGAAGCUUCGGAUUCUUGGGAAGGAACUAACACAGCAUCAUUUUAUCACCUGAAGGAUCCCAUGGGACUGUUCAACUUUCAGCCAAAUUCAAGGAGCCUGAGUGAACAAUUCAAUAUAAUAAAGGUGUUGUCAUGGUUGGCAACAUACAUGAUAAUUGA